CGCGCCUUCCCACAGUACUCCGCGACUGCAGCUAUGGAGGCCGGCAGGACUGCGGUGCUGCGCGUGAAGCGGAAGCGCGACGCGGAGCCAGCAGAGGCUCUCGUGCUGGCCUGUAAACGCCUCCGAAGCGGCGAGGUCGAGUCGUCUGAUCAGGAGACGCCAGGGGAUCAGGAGACAGCGGCGGAGAGUAAUGUCUUCCAACUGGUUGCUACCGUGCGCUCCCAGGAGGAGCCAAUCCAGCAGCUUGUGCGUGCUGCCCUGCGCCCGUCCCGGAGCAGCCAGCUGCGAAUCCGCCGCGAUCUUCGUGCCUCGGUUCGCGAGGUGCGUAAAGAAGGCCGCUACAGGAUAGUCUCCAGCCACCGAUCCUCGGGAACGUCUAGCAGUUUGGAACCCCAGUGUGUGUCAGAAGCUGCCGGGGACGCAGGCUUCCAGCUGUUGGACCUGGUCCACGAGGAAGGAGACCCAGAGGUGGCUGCCACAGACUGCUGCAAAACAUCUGAUCCAGACGUGAUCCUCUGCAAUUCCGUGGAGUUGAUCCGUGAGCGGCUGACUGUAUCUGAAGAUGGAUCACAAGUCGACCAUCAGGAGGAGGCAAAGCACAAAGAGGACUACGUAUAUGACAUUUACUACAUGGAGAUGGCCCCUCCGGGGUGGAUUGACAACAUCCUGUCUGUGCAGCCCUACAGCCAGGAAUGGGAGCUGGUGAAUGAUGAACAACAACCAGAAGAUGUUUAUGAAGAUGAAGAUGAUGAAAAUAGUGAAAAUAAUUGGCGCAAUGAGUACCCAGAUGAAGAAAGCAAUGAUGAAGAGGGAGAUUCCAGAGACUCUGAUGACUACAACAGCCUCAGUGAGGAGGAAAGAGGCGGCGGCAGGCGAUUGGUGUGGAAUAAAUACCCCUUGGAUGUUCAGAGGGAAUUUGGCUAUGACAGCCCCCAUGAUCUGGAUUCAGACUGAUGGUCUGCUGGUAUU